UAAAGAUACGGAAUUGGCAAACGACGUAAAAUGGUUAUGUGUGACCUGGUUCCUUGAUAUUGCAACGAAUGUUGACUCAUGUUCCGACGUUUUCUUUUGAUCUGAUUAUCUGCAUAUAUGUAUUAAGUGAAUUGUGCUUGAAUCAGCUUUCUUGUGCGGAUCAAAUAUCAUUUAUCUGCCAUUCUCGAGGAUUAUCGGGAAUACUAUUAUUGUUCAUGAAGCAGAUUUCAAUUGUGUCUGACAAAUGCAUUUAUAUGUAGUGUUUGUGGCUGUAUUAAUCGUCCCAACUGCUUCGGCAGAUUAUGAAGAUGCUCGGUGUAAAUGUGUAUGUUUACUUCCAGGAUCCUAUACAAAUGGAACUAAACCAUCUAAGAAGAUAUAUGUGAAAGCGAUCCCUUCAGAAAAAUGCACUUUUGAAUAUAUGCUACAGAAUGAUAGCGAUCUCCACCCGUUUUGUGAAUGCAAAUUCCAAGUUAGGAAUACCACUACAAUAAAGGUUGUAGUCUGCCUUAUUCUAACAAUCAUCUUUGCAUUGAUUCUAUACAUGCUGUUUCUUCUACUUCUUGAACCACUCUUGUCUACAAGGCGUUUAUCGCAUAAAACUAUGGUUAAUAUUAAUACAUGUUCAGAAUCUCAUCAGAUAAAUUCAACUACUGACGAAAAUAAUAUUUGUAAGGCAGGUGAUGUAAGAUCAAGAGGCAACUGGGCUACUAUGAAUAAUAUUCCUGCUAGUAGUAGCAGUGGCAAUAUUGGCAGUAGUAAUAAUUCAUCAUUUUCUUCAAAAGCAUUCGAUAAAGCAGUUAUUUGGAAUAGAUCUCGAUUGAAUACUGAACAACUCGUCGAUUCCAACUUGAAAAUAAUUACAGCCCCUUUGAAUCGUAUACGAGCACGUCAUCGUACCAGUGUUACAGCAAAUGAUCAAAUUGAAGAACCUAACUCUUUGCAUCUUACCACAAUACCUAGUACAUCUGCUGGUGUAUCCAAUGUGGUGAAUCGUGUUCGUGAUCAGCAACAACGUUGGAAAGGAAAUGUUGAAGCACAACGUGUUCGUGUGUUCAGUGAACGUAGUUUACUGAACUAACUUUCUAUUGUUCCAAUUCGUUUGCAUUCCCCCCCCCGCACCCUGCCUCCCUAAUAAUUUCUCUAUUUGGUGUAAUGAAAUUUGCAAUAAAAUCGUUAACAUUAUCGUUUACUUUUUCUGUAAUCUUUGAAGUUGUUAAUUUUCCAGCAUCACUCUAAUAAGGAAGUGAUCUGUUAAAAAUGUGGAGUUAUACUAUUUUUCAAUGUGAUAAAUUUUGAUUCAUAAUGUUUAUGUAUAUUGCUUGUUAACAAAAAAAAAUCUAUUUCCAAUCAGUUAACCAGAAGUUUGGUUUUACCUCGCAUUAUUUGGGGGGGGGGGGUGAUGACUCAAUCAUUAAUUACAUGUCCAGUUUAUUCUCUAGUUUAUGAAUCUGACUGAAAUUUUAUUGUUACUGAUUGAUAGACUAUAAGUUAAGUUAUCAUUGCUUAAAAUUAAUUUUUGUUACAAGUGAAACAUUCUAUCCAGUUAAGACUAUCACCUUAGACUUGAUUGUAAUAUUUGAAUCUGUAAAUAUACUCAAUGGGUAAUAAUUGAAAUAAAUGGAAAUACAUUUAAGUGAAGGCAAUGUAUACAGAGUUUUGGUAUUUUGGAUGCUGCUCUACUGGUUUUGUAAUGAAUGCUGAAUAAGAUCUGAAGUUCAGCCAUUCGUUUCUUAUCACUACUCAUUAUUUCCAG